AACUUUUUGCCAAUAAUUCUGGAGAUUCUGGUUAAUAUAGUAUUCCGUUUGAGAGCAGAUGAGCUUCUGCCAUCUGAAGUGGAUGUAUGGAGUCUGGACUUUGGUGUUUUGAAGAAUUGGGUCAGGAAGAAGGACGCCUUUGUACAAAAAGUGUUUGUCUGGACGAAUAAUGGCCAUUUAGACAUUGUAUUCUAUCGGAGCCUCGGUGUAGUUUGUAGUUUUAAUUUGAGACUUUGAUGUAUAACUGAGGAAUUUGGGGGGAAAAUAAUUUACAAAAAAGAUGCAUUUUAAAAACUUCUUAACUCGAUACUUUUUCAUUUUUCUAAAAUGGCUGCCGGACUCUGUGGUGUUGUUCCCCAGCAGCAGCGCCAUCUGCCGGUCAUCUCCAUGAUUAAUGAUCCAAUACAGUUUAUAACCUUUCCGAGUGACUUAAUCAUUUAUUAUUUAGUUUCAUCCACUUAACAUUAAUGUUAUUAAUUUAUUAGUUUAAUAGUAAUAAUAUUAUAAACUUUCAAACAUUUAUUACGUUCUCGUGUAAAUAUGAGCGAUGUAAACUCUGUCUUUCACGUGCCUCUGGUUUCUAUAGAGACCGUGUGCACGCGCACACAGACCUGUAGCUUCGCUAACCUCCGGAUAUAUAUAUUUGUAUUUUUAUCCCAAACUUAUUACUUCUUAAAAUAUUUAUACGACGAUAAAGAAACCCUUUUCAUAUAUAUUUCUCUUCUCUGUCAGAGUCCCAUGGAGGAGAACCAUGAGCUUUUCAGGUCUUACCCAUAAUUCCCCACAGAAUAGAGGUCUCUCACCCAGCAAGUACACUCAGACCUGGAGCUUAAAGACGUUAGUGCAGGAGCAGAGAGAUGAUGCAGAUGAGCAGGAAACCUCUGAGGAGUGGCUCGAGUGGAGGAGCUUGGAGAGUUGUGGCCUCACUCUCUCACACCUCCUGUCUCACUGCUCCACCGCUGCGGCAUGUUACAGAGGAGACGGGGUAGACGACCGGCUGGAGAUCGACUCAGAGAUCCUCGCUGACUUUGAGAUGCAGCUUUACCAAGCGAUUCAGAUGUACCAUGGCAGAAUACAGUGGCUGACUCGAGGCAGCAGAAAGAUCUUUGGGAUGGUGACAGGAUCCAGACUGGGAAUUCUUAUUGAUUCUUCUGGUGUUAACUGCUGUGAAGAGAGGCUCUCAGAUCUCCGGCGCCACCUCCUGCUUCUCGUACAAGAGCAACUACGCCUGAAGAAGCAGCUGCACUUCCUGUACAUGGGGGCGGAAAUCGGCAGCCUGUGGGAAAAGCCGAGAGACGUUAACUCGAAGAGGCUGCAGGAGGUCCAGGAGUGGAUCCUGAGCCUGAGGCCGAGCGGCGAGUGCAGCCUGCUGCAGGCUUUAGAGACGAUCCAGAGACACGCCCAUCUCGACAGUCUGCUCAUCAUCCUGAGCUCCUGUCCUGAUCUCCCGGACAUGGAUGUUUUCCUCUCCUGCGUGUCUGAGGUGGUAGAGGAGAUGUCGCUCUCUGUUCACGUUGUGUCCUUCGACUCCUGCAGUCCAGCAGCUGUUUCAGCAGUCAAGAACAUCAGUAAAGUCACAGGAGGAAGAUUUCACCUGUUUUCUGCUGCCCUGGGUGUAGUGGACAGCAGUAGUGACUUGGAGCCUCUGUGGGCUGAAAUUAAAGCCGCACGUGACGUUCUUCACCACGUUCAGGACGUGCAGCGGCGCAGACGACUUAACGACACGGCGGUGAUGAUUGUUUCCGAGAUCUCGACAGGAAUGGACGGUCUUUCUCUGUCUGAUGACCACAAGGCUGCCCAUACUGCUGACCUGUGUGUCCAGCCUGCAGGUCUUCUCCCGUCCACCUCUACUGAGUGGCUAUACACCCACGGCCUUAAAGCCAAGAAACUGAACCUGUACCAUGUGCUGGCUCCUAACGUCUACUCUCCACUGGAGGGCUUCGUCCCCAUACUGCGGAAAAAUGUCCAGUCCAAAGUGCACGAGAAAGCAAUGGUGCAGUUUGAGUGGCACGAUGGUACGGUGAAGAACAUGCAUGUGGAUCUGCCCUUACUGCAGAGUUAUCAGAGGCAGCUCCUGGAGGCUGAGCGGGUGUUGGAGGAGAGGGUCAUGUGGUUAAACAGUAGCAGCAGCAGGCAGAUCUGGGGAACUGUGUGUGAACAGAGCGUUCAGGUUCUGCUGGACCUGUCGGACACGAGCGUUCACCACCAGCUGCAUAUCCGACACGCCGUCCAACUCCUGCUGCAGGAGCAACUGAUCAACACGCAGAACUUCAACAUCAUAGCGUUUGGGUCAGAUGUGAAAGCGUGGAGAGAGCAAGCUGUUUCCUCGAACCAACAAAACCUUCAGGAUGUCUGGCAGUGGGUUCAGGAAUUAGAGUGUGCAGGAGGUCGUAACACACUGGCCGCUCUCAGACACGCCGUGGAGACAGAACAUCACAGCGACUCCUCUCUCACUCGUGGAGUGUAUCUGCUCACCACGGGAGCUCCAGAUCAGGACAGCUCAGCUGUCUCUUCAUACAUGUCGGAGUUCUGCGCCGGUCUGCGGGUUCACGUGUGUCUCUUCACCAGAGAGGACGAGCCACUCCGAUGCUCAUCGUCCCGCUACGUGUCCCACGCUGAAGUGGCUCUGAUACUGCGCAACCUAGCACAUGCCGCUAACGGCCGCUUCCACUGGAUAACAGACACGGGUGUCGUGGAGAGCGAUGAUAUCACUACACUGAUCAGAGAAAUGCAGCAGGCUGCUGAUUACUGGGAGAAGUGCUGUGAGUUGGUGGACUCUCUGCUCCAGCGGAGCUCCAGCGCUGAUCCAGUGGAGGCUCAUGAUGGAGAGUGUCACGGCUCAGCUCGCCACAUCAAGCCUCGGACACAGAAACACGGGCUUCCCUCAGUCAGACAGACUGGACUGAGCUCGUCCAGGCAGGGGAGGAAGGAGGCUCUGGACACACAGAGGAAGAAGGAGGCUCUGGACACACAGAGGAAGAAGGAGGCUCUGGACACACAGAGGAAGAAGGAGGCUCUGGACACACAGGGGAAGAAGGAGGCUCUGGACACACAGGGGAAGAAGGAGGCUCUGGACACACAGGGGAAGAAGGAGGCUCUGGACACACAGGGGAAGAAGGAGGCUCUGGACACACAGGGGAAGAAGGAGGCUCUGGACACACAGGGGAAGAAGGAGGUUACACGCUCACCUGUGUGGAGACCCAGCAGUGCCAGAGCAGUCAUUCCUCCUGCUCGUCCACUGGAAGGUUGGGGUCCGGUCCGGCUCACAAACUCUGCUAAAGCGAAGACGAAGAAAAGAAUUGACUUGGAGAAAGACAGACCAGUAACUCCAGGAUCAGUUUAUAAGCAUCUGAAAGGAAGUAGCACUCAGAAAUGCGUUAAUAUCCCUAAACAUGAGGACAUCUCCUCCUCCAAACAGUGGCUGAAACGGUUCGGCGUCAGGGCUCUGAAGCUGGACCUCCAUAAGCUGCUGUCACUUCCCGCGUGCACUCACCGUAAGAAGCUGGUGCCCUCCGUCAGCAGAAGUGUGUCAGCAAAAUACUGCGCCAUCUUUCCCAGCGUGCACCUAAACGGACGAGUGAGGCACCUGUUCCUGAGUUCGGGAGAGCUGAAGCAGUACCUGAUCCGGACUGAAAAGGUUCUGCAGCGGUACGCUAACAGGAUGCAGUGGCUGCUCUCAGGCAGCAGACGUGUGUUCGGCUGCGUGUUGGAGAGAGAUGUGUGUGUUGUCCUGGAUGUGUCUGGCUCCAUGUGGCCCUGCCUCACUCAGCUGCAGACAGAACUGACCUCACUGAUCUGGGAUCAACUGCACACCAACAGAGUGAGGUUUAGCAUGGUGGUGUUCUCUGAAGAGGUGCGAGUGUGGCAGGGGGAGCUGGUGGAGGCCUCAGAGGAGAGGUGCAGGGACGCAGUAACAUGGCUGGGUCAGCUUAACACACAUGGAGGAUCCUCCAUCCUACAUGCACUGCAGGCAGCGUGUGUGUUUGGCGACUCGGUUGGUGUGUAUGUGAUCAGUGAUGGUCAGUGGGACUGCAGCUGUGGUCUGGUGCUGAAGGAGGCUGAGAGACUGACCUCAGGAAAACACAUCACCAUCCACACGGUCACACUGAGCGGCCUGGACAGCACAGCCAUGUUUCUGAAGAGUCUGGCUCAUAAAACUGGAGGUCGGUUCCACCAGGUACCUCCAGCUGCAGACACAGCCGUGGCUAGAGAGCUCCUGAGGAGAGGCUUCACCCCCGGACAGGACUCAGUUCUCCCAGAGUUUCAUGGUGAUGAUCUGGAGAGGCUCAGGAAGGAGAUUGUAAAGUUGAGAAUGUUCCAGAAACAAGCCAAAGACUUCAGGGAGAUGUUAUCUGUGAAGAAUCCAGAAGACAGCUGCUCAAAAUAAACGGCUCGAGAUCCACCCAAGUGUUUUAUUUGUUCUGAUGAAUUCAUGAUCCUCCAUUAGUUAAUAAAGUUGUAUGUUUUCAGUGCAAUGCUGUGGCUUAUUAAA